CGUGUCUUCAGAUCAUAAUCGGGUGCACUGCAUAUUCGAUGUCGUAGAGUCCGAUGUCCUAUACGCAAACCCGAGUAUCAGAUGACAGACGCUUUUCCUCUCAUUCUCUGGGAUUACACAUACAACUCAGAUGUCAGAUGGCAAAUGGACAACCAUGAUGUUACCACCCAAUAUCAUUUUCCACCACUUCAAGACUUUCCCUUUCAGUCAUACAAGACUGAAACCUCACACUCCCUUGUUCGAACUUGGGCCGAGAACAGGUCCUCAGUGUCCCACUCGGUGCAGGGACGUAGAAGCGCGGAUCAAGACCCUCAUAUUCUCUCCUCCAACUGCGAUCGCUCCCAUGUGCUCACGCCUCUGCGAAAAUGAAGACACCGCUACGCUGAGUCCUCCUAUUUUUGCACCGGAGAGGAUAAAAAUAGGCCACGGAAAUUGUCAAUAUGCACCACCCAAUACUGAGUCGCAGUUUACUUCUCCUAGUCUCAUCUGCAGAGAUUCACAUUGUCACAUAUUUAUCGCAAGUUCAAUGCAGACUUAUGGAACUGAAUUGUAUACUCUCUUCCUGUUGAGUAUCCAGAAACCGACUAUCGAAGAGCUCCUUGACGAGGAUGUCCGUUGUGACAUCCUGGUGCACCUACGUCCAAUAUCACCCUCAAUUCAAUGUCACCUAUCGUGCCAGAACUUCUCAUGUUAGCCCCUACUCUUCGCAUUGCCUCAAUUUCAUCCCCUGUUCGCUUGCUUUCGCCCAGUGUCCAGUUAUUUUUUCACGCCCCACAGCUACACGCAUCGUUUUCAUAGUGCUCUCGUUAUCACUGCAUUCGUCGUGGAUGUCGCGAUUACAUGCUGUACAGUGAACACUUGCAAUGAACUACAUAUUCCAUCCUAUCUCUUAUCUCGGAUUUUUAUCCCACUCUGAAUAUACCCCACUUGAAC